AUGUCUCCCCAAGAGCAGACGGUGUUCCGGUAUACGUCCGGCAGAGGCUUUGACAGGCUGCAAGCAUUCAAAGAGCCUAUCCCCACCAUUGGCGACUAUGAAGUCCUCAUCAAGAUUCACAGCGUCUCCAUCAACUACCGCGACAUUGCCAUAGCCCAUGAGACAUACCCACUCGCGGUCAAGGAUCAGGUUGUGCCGUGCUCCGAUAUGGCGGGCGAGGUUCUUCAGGUCAGCAAGCAGGUGCACGACAUUUCAGUGGGCGACGCUGUCAUCGCUGCAAUCAGUUCUUCAACCUUGUAUGGUCCAGUAAAGGACCAUCAAAACACACUUGGAGGCACCGUAGACGGCGUCCUGAGGGAAUAUAUUGUCCUGCCCGUACAUCAGGUGAUCAAGCUGCCCAAAUCGUCACAUAGCUUGACUGAAUGGUCGGCCACGGUGGGGACGGGAGCAACAAUCUGGAACUGCUUCUAUGGCUGCUUGCCCUUGAAGCCAGGUCAGACAGUCCUCAUUCAAGGAACUGGAGGAGUGGCUUUAACCGCUCUAGUUUUUGCGAAAGCAGCGGGAGCAACCACAAUCAUCACAUCUUCCAGUGAUGAGAAGCUCGCAAAAGUCAAAGCCACAUACGGCGCCGACCACACGAUCAACUACAAGACUCAUCCAGACUGGGCGGCGGAAGUGCGGCGCAUCACCGAUGGCGAGGGAGCAGACCAUGUCAUUGAGAAUGGCGGGAUUGGCACAAUCCGACAGAGCAUUGAGUGCGUGGCAAUGGGCGGCAUCAUAUCCUUGGUCGGCUUUCUCGCCAGCAUCCCACAAGACCAGGUGCCCGAUGUGACAUUAUUGGCCAUUUCCAAGGGGGUUGUACUCCAUGGCAUUCUGGCCGGGUCCAAACAGCAACUCGAGGAAGCCGUGCAGUUCAUUGGUAAACGGAAUCUGACCGUGCCAGUGGGCAGGACCAUACUGGCAAAGUUUGCAUAA